GCCAAUGCUGCUGUCCAGAGAAGAGCAGAAAGCGGCACACAGGCGAGGUGGAUUAGACUGGACUCAGACUGUAUGGCUGAAUGACAUGCUUAGAUAAGAAGACUACACAUAUGUCACUAGUUAAAACAAACACUGAUAGCCAGAGUAUGUUAUGUUAACCUGCCGACGCAACUUCUUCGACGUCGCUUUGUGUGAAGAUAUUCAGUCAGUGCCGUUGGUAGUUGUGAUCAUCUGUCACGGUCCCAUAAUAGUGUGCGAGAGCAGAUAUGGACGUGCAUUUGUGGGAUCAGCUCCAGGCUGGCAGCUCGGAUGUGGAUUGGUGUGAAGGGAAUUAUCUAAUAUAUUCUGGAAUAGCGGAAUUCUAUAACACGAUAAGCAACGUGCUGUUUUUCGUCUUGCCUCCUAUUCUCAUGUGUCUGUUCCGUCAGUAUGCUACACAUUUCAACAGUGGUAUCUAUCUCAUAUGGACUCUGCUGGUGGUUGUUGGUAUUGGCUCCAGUUAUUUCCAUGCUACGCUGAGCUUCUUGGGCCAGAUGUUGGAUGAGCUAGCCAUAUUGUGGGUGCUUAUGUGUGCUAUCGGCAUGUGGUUUCCCAAGAGAUAUCUUCCCAGGAUAUUUCGUAGAGACAGGUCAAGGUUUAAAGUGGUCGUUGGUAUUCUCUCAGGGAUCACCACCUGUCUCGCCUUUAUCAAGCCAGCAAUUAAUUCGAUCUCUCUCAUGACGCUUGGGAUCCCAUGCACUGCUCUUCUCAUAACUGAGCUAAAGAGGUGCGAAAACCCACGCGUGUUUAAGCUAGGCCUUCUCUCAGGUCUGUGGUGGACUCUAGCACUGAUGUGCUGGAUUAGUGAUCGUAUUUUCUGUGAGAUGUGGUCAUCUGUCAACUUCCCUUAUCUACACUGUGCUUGGCACAUACUCAUCUGCCUGGCUUCCUACCUGGGGUGUGUGUGUUUCGCUUAUUUUGAUGUAGUAUCAGAGGCUCCUGAGCAGGGCCCGGUUGUCAAAUUCUGGCCCAGUGAGAAAUGGGCUUUUAUUGGGGUGCCAUAUGUCACUCUUCUCUGUGUGCAUCGGAAGCCUUCAAUUAAGGUGACAUAAACU